UCGACGGGCAGUUAACGAACUCCAGCAUGCGAGCUUUGCCGAUAGCUUCUCCGACGAAGCUGAUUCGAAAGGCGGUUAAUGAACUCUCUGGUAGCUGUUCGUGAAAUUUGAUAGAGAUUGCAAUCUCCGAUUGAAAUCAAUUUUGAUUCUCUCAAUUAGGAUGCUUCUCUCAUCGACACUAAUCCGGGUGCAUUGGAUGAGUACGGGAGGCUUAGGAUAUUGCCUUAUCACGAACUCAGCUUACCUCCUCAUGAUUGCUGCCUAUGUCCUUCCAAUAUGUGCUAGUCAAGCAGCAGAAUAAACCAACUAAAACAGAGGCAUGCCACCACUGACGAUACCUUUACCAUUACAUACAGCAGCUGGGAAGAAGCUUCAUUUUGUUCUGGUCAUUGAUAUACAGGUAC